AUGCCAUCAACUCUGAGCAAAGCCAGCGGUUCCAUCGAUCCUACCAUUGCUACGACCGGCAUCGACCGAGGCUGUGGUGAUACGAACCAGACACCGCUGAUGGUGGCCUCCGUCAUUGGUUCCUCGCGCGUUGUUAGAGACCUUCUGCGGCAGGGUGCCAGCGUCUCGGUAGCGGACAGCGACGGUUGUACUGCUCUGCACCAUUCGGUUUAUCACAACCAUCUGGCCGUGAGCAAAGACCUGAUCGAGGCGGGAGCAGACCUUGAAGCGAGGCAUGGUGGCAAAGAUACACCGCUUCACGUGGCCGCGACGAAAGGGUUUUGCCAAGGAAUGAAGCUGCUGAUGGACAGCAGGCUCGACGACGGAGCAACACCUCUGUUCUUAGCGGCAAGCGACGGGCGGCUCGAAGCGGUCAGAGUUCUCCUUCGGGCGAACGCGAAUCCGCUCCUGUCAGCGUGCGGAAGUCUCCCGUUGUAUAUGGCGGUUUACAAUCGACCAUUGGUACGGAAUCGAUCGCUGUACAAGCGACGGCGGCGCACUGGCUCUCGCAACGGCCGCUUCUCGCAAUCACGUGGACAUCGUCACCUUCCUGUGCGAUGCCGGUGUGGUUGA